UAUGUUAUUUUAUAGGUCGACCGUACUCGGCGAUCUGCUAGUAGUGCCUGGUUCGAUAUUCCUGCUUCCGGGGUUUGGCAGCUGACCGCUGGCUGACUGAGUGAAUACUGAACUCUGCUGUGGUUACAUUUGUUGGAAGUAAUGAGUGAAGAUUCCAACCCUGCAGCCACACCCACCCCCUGUCAGGACACACAGGGAGAUGGUCGAUGGAUGUCAUUGCACAAUCGAUUUGUAUCGGACAGUAAAGGAAAAGAGCCUGAUGUUCUGUUUGUUGGAGAUUCACUUAUCCAGCUUCUGCAUGAGUUUGAGGUUUGGCGAAAGCUGUUUUCUCCUCUCCAUGCGCUGAACUUUGGGAUUGGUGGAGAUGCUACACAGCAUGUACUGUGGAGACUCAUCAAUGGAGAACUGGACUACAUCAGCCCGAAGGUGGUGGUGUUGUGGGUGGGCACUAAUAAUCAUGGUCACACCCCAGAACAGAUCUGUGGAGGCCUCAUGGCCAUCAUCGACGUGAUCCAUCAGAAGCUGCCUCAUGCUCACACUCUUGUGUUGGGGUUGCUGCCGAGAGGUAAAAGUCCAAACCCUCUCCGUGAGCGUAACGCCAGUGUGAAUGCUCAAGUUCAGGCUGAGGUAGCGUCUCUGUCACAUGUCUCUUUCCUGGACAUGGACCCUGGGUUCAUUCAAUCCGACGGUUCCAUCGCACACCAGGACAUGUAUGAUUACCUGCACCUCACGCCGCAGGCCUACCAGAGGGUGUGCCAGCCCUUGCAUGAACGCAUCAAAUCCCUUUUAGAUAAACAGGUUCCAUGAGUGCAAACAUGAAAUAUAGCAUAAACACCCUUUCCUGCGCAAUAACGGAUGUCUCAUCCUUUAUGCUCUACACUUAGAGCCUUAUUGAGAUAUAAACACCCUCAGGAACACUCAUGACUGUUUAAUAGACACACACUUAUAUAUCUCACACAACAUCACAUGCUUCCUGUCAUUAUGCAUUACUGCUCCCUUGUUACAACAAAAAUAGAUUUUGUUUAUUGAGGACUGUUAGAUCCAGCUUAAAGGGAUAGUUCAUCCAAAAAUGAAAAUUCUGUCAAGCCAUUCCUCAUGUACUUCCAAAUAUUGUAUGACUGUUUUUUUUUUUUUUGAAGAAGAAAGUUUCAACUAUUUUUUUCUUUCAAAUAUUGAACCAGAACAGCACUGAACCCCAAAAUCUUCAUUUGUGUUCCACAGAAUAAAUAGUCAUACAGGUUUGUAAUGACAUGAAGGUAUAAUGACAGAAUUUAAAUUUUUGGGUCAACUAUCUCUUUAAAUUGUGAUUGAUCCUCUUUACGCAAAAUGUUUAAUACAUUCCAAAGUCUGUACAUAUAUAACCAGGCCUGUUAUUUUGCAGUGUAAUGUUGAUCUCGAUGACUCCUGAUGAGAAGCGGUUGUUGAAGUGUACAUACAAACGGAUGUGUGCUGCUAUCAUGGUUUGAUUGACCAAGACUUUCUUGUGAUCCUUGUGUAGGGAACAGCAGAUUUCUCGAAAACAGGCUAUAUAGCUCUUCAGAUGUUGGCAACUGCUCAUUUGUUUGUUGAAAGAAACAAUAUGGGUUAAUUUGGGUUCGUUCUCCGUUAAUGAUCCUCCAUAGUACAUGCCCAGUCUCUUUUCUGAGAAAAGGGUAGGUGCUUGAAACAAUGUUACGUACCUUUAACAUAAUUCCGUAAGAUUUCUUGUUUUGGAUACUUUCUUUGCAGGAAAUUCUUUGUGAUAAACAUUGAAUUAGUGUUUCAGUUAUUUUGUACAGUGUUUUUCUUAUUUUUGGAAUUAAUUCUCUCCUUCACAUCUUCAAGUAAAUCAUAUGUGCUUUAGGAACCAGUGGUGUCUGACUAAAAGAUUUAUACAGUGGAUAAAAUCCAACCUUGUAACUAAAGACAAGGAAUGAGUGUGGGUGGUCCUUGCAUGGCUCAGUUUCUAAUAAGCAGAGAAUGGAGAUCACUGUCUUUAUUUUAAUUGCUGGAUGUAUUAUAACCAACCGUAACUUUCAAAUGCUGAUGGAUAUGGUUAUAUGUUGAGGUGUAUGAUUUUUUUUUUUCUGCUGCUUUGUCCUGGUGUUUGUGUUUGUACUGUCUUGUCUGAUGAGCUUUUGUGAACAUUGUCAUCUUCCAGUAGUCUUGAGUGGUUCCAGGAAUUGGAUGGAUGUCAUGCCUGGUCCUGCGAUAAACAAUUAUCAUGUAAAAAUGGUGGAAUAAAAACUGAGAAACCUUU